AUGUGUUCUUCACGUAUCCUUCCUCUGUUUAUACUAUUCCUCUGUUUCUGCUCCUCUGUUUUUGCUCAAGACGGUAUCACCAAUCCCGUCGAAGUGAGGGCUUUGGGAGCUAUAAAGGAUAGUUUAGACGAUCCAGCUCGUAGAUUGAGCAAUUGGGGACGUGGAGAUCCGUGCAAUUCGAAUUGGACUGGUGUUCUCUGCUUUAAUUUCACUCAUGAUGAUGGUUAUUAUCAUGUCAAAGAACUGCAAUUGCUCAGUAUGAAUCUCUCAGGGACCUUGUCACCGGAUCUUGGACGCUUGACUCGUCUUACUAUCUUGGACUUCAUGUGGAACAAGAUAACCGGAAGUAUACCAAAGGAAAUUGGGAAUAUCAAGUCUUUGGAACUCUUGCUAUUGAAUGGGAAUCAACUAACCGGAAACUUACCAGAGGAGCUUGGCUAUCUUCCAAACUUGGAUAGAAUACAGAUUGAUGAAAACCGUAUAACAGGACCACUCCCCAAAUCUUUUGGGAAUUUAACCAAGACUAAGCACUUUCACAUGAACAAUAAUUCAAUUAGUGGACAGAUUCCUCCAGAGCUUGGAAGCCUACCAUCAAUUGUUCACAUCCUGCUUGACAACAACAACUUAUCUGGCUAUCUUCCUCCUGAGUUAUCACAAAUGCCAAAUCUGCUUAUCCUACAAUUAGAUAACAAUCAUUUUGAUGGGACCACGAUUCCACCCUCUUACGGAAACAUGUCUAAGCUUUUAAAGAUGAGUCUUAGGAACUGCAGCUUGCAAGGGCCAAUGCCUGAUCUUAGCACUAUCCCAAAACUUGGUUAUCUGGACCUAAGUCGAAAUCAGUUGAAUGGAUCUAUACCUACAGGGAAGCUUUCUGAUAGCAUCACAACCAUCGAUCUGUCCAACAACAGUUUUACUGGAACCAUUCCAACAAAUUUCUCAGGCCUUCCACGGCUUCAAAAGUUGUCGGUUGCAAACAAUGCUCUGAGUGGUUCCAUUCCCUCUAGUAUAUACCAGGACAGAGUGUUGAACUCAACCGAGACUCUUAUCGUAGAUCUACGGAACAAUAGGUUUUCAAAUAUUACUGGCAGAUCUGAUCCCCGCCCAAAUGUGACAGUCUGGCUUCAGGGGAAUCCGUUAUGCUCAAAUGGAAAUCUGCUUCAGUUAUGUGGAUCUCUAACCGAACAAGACAAUAAUCAGGGUCCAACCAUUCCUAACACAACUUGUUCUGACUGCCCACCUCCUUAUGAGUUUUCUCCAGAACCUCUUAGACGUUGCUUCUGUGCUGCUCCUCUCCUUGUUGGAUAUCGGUUGAAAAGUCCUGGUUUCUCUGAUUUUGUUCCUUACGUAUCCGAGUUUCAGCAAUACAUCACCUCUGGUCUUAAAUUGAAUCUGUAUCAGCUACGUAUUGACUCAUUCCGUUGGCAAAAAGGACCUAGACUUAGAAUGUAUCUCAAAUUCUUUCCUGUUUAUGGUUCAAAUGCCAACAACUCUUUCAUAUUCAACCGGAGCGAGGUUCGGAGGAUAAGGGGCAUGUUCACUGGAUGGAACAUCCCAGACGAAGAUCUGUUUGGUCCUUAUGAGCUUAUGAAUUUCACAUUGUUAGAUGUCUACAGAGAUGUGUUUCCUCAAGAUUCGCCAUCUGGUGUAAGUAAGGGUGCAAUAGCGGGUAUAGUUCUUGGUUCAGUUGCAGCUGCAGUUACAAUAACUGCUAUUAUUGCCCUUAUCAUUAUGAGGAAACGUAUGAAAGGAUACGCUGCAGUUUCUAGGAGAAAGCGAUCUUCCAAGGCUUCUUUGAAGAUAGAAGGAGUAAAGAGCUUCACAUAUGCUGAGCUUGCUCUGGCUACAGACAAUUUUAGCAGUUCCACUCAAAUUGGGCAAGGUGGUUAUGGAAAAGUCUACAAAGGUCUCCUUGGCGAUGGAACAACUGUGGCAAUCAAAAGAGCACAAGAGGGAUCAUUGCAGGGUGAGAAGGAGUUCUUAACUGAGAUUGAAUUGUUGUCGAGAUUACAUCACAGAAACCUUGUUGCUUUGGUUGGAUUUUGUGAUGAAGAAGGCGAACAGAUGCUUGUUUAUGAGUAUAUGGAAAAUGGUACUUUGCGAGACAACAUUUCUGUUAAGUUAGAGAAGCCUUUGGACUUUGCGAUGAGAAUGCGGAUUGCUAUAGGCUCAGCAAAGGGAAUACUCUACUUACACACAGAAGCUAAUCCACCAAUAUUCCAUCGAGAUAUCAAAGCUAGUAACAUUUUGUUGGACUCAAGAUUCAUUGCAAAAGUUGCAGAUUUUGGACUCUCAAGACUCGCUCCAGUGCCUGAUAUGGAAGGCAUCUCACCUCAUCAUGUUUCUACUGUUGUAAAAGGAACUCCGGGUUACCUUGACCCUGAAUAUUUCUUGACGCAUCAAUUGACUGACAAAAGCGAUGUAUAUAGUCUAGGCGUAGUGUUCCUAGAGCUUUUGACAGGAAUGCAUCCAAUCACACAUGGCAAGAACAUAGUUCGUGAGACCAACAUAGCAUACCAGUCUGGUACGAUAUCAUCGGUCGUGGACAAGAGAAUGAGCUCAGUUCCAGAUGAAUGCAUUGAAAAGUUUGCAACGUUAGCUUUGAGAUGCUGCAGAGAAGAGACUGAUUCAAGGCCUUCAAUGGCGGAAGUUGUGAGAGAACUUGAAAUCAUAUGGGAACUAAUGCCGGAGUCUAAGACAGCUAAAAGAGAGGAUAUGUCUGAGACAACGAGUCAGCCAUCAUCUUCAUCAAACUCCUCGUUCUUGAAGAAUCAACAUCCUUAUACAUCGAUGGAUGUCUCUGGCUCUGAUCUUGUCAGUGGAAUAGUUCCCUCUGUUACACCUAGAUAG